AACACGCUGAAGAAAGACUGUGGGUGGAAAAAAAUAGCUUCCGCAGUUACAGUCAGCCGACGAGCUUAAAUGCUUCCUGAGGGAACGUAGUUGUGCACUCCUUUUAGUUUUGUGGCGCAAGGUUUCCCACACAGUUGCGCCUCUCGACCGGUGUUGUGAUAAUUAGGGCAACAUGAGUCUGAACGAGCAUUCACUGCAAGCCCUGUCCUGGAGGAAGCUGUACCUCAGUCGAGCCAAACUGAAAGCUUCAAGUCGGACAUCAGCUUUGCUCUCCGGAUUUGCCAUGGUCGCGAUGGUGGAAGUGCAGCUCGACAACAAAUAUCCAUACCCACCUGCUCUCCUCAUCGCCUUCAGUGCCUGCACCACCGUGCUUGUUGCUGUUCACCUGUUUGCUCUGAUGGUCAGCACCUGCAUUCUGCCUAACAUAGAGGCGGUCAGCAACGUCCACAACCUCAACUCUGUGAAGGAGUCUCCACAUGAGCGGAUGCACAGACACAUUGAGCUGGCGUGGGCUUUUUCAACUGUGAUUGGGACUUUGCUCUUCCUCGCCGAGGUGGUUCUGCUCUGCUGGGUCAAAUUUCUGCCCAUUAAGCCCGACCAAUCCAACAACAGCACCGUCUCCUCUGGUGUGGCUGCUGCUAUUACCUCAACCUCUAUCAUGGUCCCGUUUGGUUUAAUCUUCAUAGUCUUUGCUGUGCAUUUUUAUCGCUCACUGGUCAGCCACAAGACUGACAGACAGUUUCAGGAGCUGGAGGAGCUGUCUAACCUCACCAGGCUUCAGAACGAGCUCGACAACAGAGGGGAAUCUUCAAUCUUACAAUCGCCAAGCUCCCAGUUCCCAUAGACAAAUACCCCGAUCUGUAUUGGAACUUCCUGAGAGGGCAGAAAUUUAGGAUUUACAUUUUUACAAGAAAAAUCGAUCACCAUUUGAAAGUUUUCCCUUUUUUACCCCUUUUUUUUUAAAACACACUUUAUCUUACUGUGAUCUCAUGCACCAUAAUGCAUGUAGCUGGAAAUCACAAAGUUUUUAAUGUGAUUGUAGCCUAAUAUUACCACUGGUUACCAGAGAUCCACCCAUCAUUUGUUUCCUGGUUAAAACCUUUAUCUGAUUUUUUAAAAAUAUAUAUAUACUUUGAAGUUUGACCUGCUGAGGAAUUACACAUUGUACAUGUUAUUGGUUUAUGUGUCUCUAGACCAAAAGUGGUGUGCUUGAUAACAGCUCUACUCAUUACGUCAGACAUAUCAUGCCUGGACUUAUUUCUGUUGCCUGCUGCAUUUAUUUAUCAUUUAGUAAAAAGCACAUAAUGUUUAUCAGUUAUUGCACAUCUGUGAUUGUGAAACAUAGCCUUUGAACUUUUAGUGUAUUUAAAGAAAUCUACUGUCCUGGCUGUUUUGAGCAGUUUGCUGUAUGUGUUGACUACUAAGCUGCCAACCUUACAGUAUUAAUAGAGUGCUGACAUGUGUUGUGUUUUAAUAAACACUUUUUAACUAAA